UAGUCCGAAACGUCAAAAACUCGAAUCGGCAGACGAACUGACACAGGAGAAACAACAAGCUGCACAACUUUAAGGCUUGCCAUAAUUCAUCUAAAGAGGUAUCUCUGGACAAAGCCACAGAUGCGUAGUUGUAGGAUGAAUAUCGGCAAUGUCGUCCUCGUCUAACAACUAGAACUCGAUCAUGAGAGCAGUAGGAAAUGGCAAAAAGGUGAAGAACGGAAGAAAAUUAUUUUUGCGUUUAGCCGUUUUGUCGGAUCCAUCAACGGAGGACUCAACCUCAAACCACCGUGGUAUCUUGAAAAAACGCUAGCAGAGAUCGCCGACGAAGAACGUAAUUCUGCUUUCGAUAAAGCAGCAGAAGAUUUUAGCCACGAUGAAGCUGAAGAGCUUGACCCCGAUCCCUAUUUUGUUCCAGCAAAUACGAGGAAUUCAU